GGUAUGCACCUUUUAAGCUACUGCAACCCGCCAGAAGAAGAAGAAGAAGAAGAGGAAGAAGAAGAAGCGGAAGAAGGGUCAAAGUACUUGAGAAAUGUCGGAACGACGUUUCAGCUGCGUUUGUUCUUUACUUGGUGCAUAUUUCCAAUUAUUACACAUCAAUAACUCUUCAGCUAACUGCGGCUGUUGAAGAAAUAAUUGUAGAGUCCGAGAUAAAGGGCGAGGAAGGAGAGAACGACCAAAAACGUCAAUUUAUGGAAGAUGUUUUCAAGCCUCGAUUGGAGUCGCACAGAGCAGUCUGGGAUCUGCACAUGCGCAUGCACCCUACCCAUGCUGCACCUCCUUCAUGUCCUUGUCCAUAGUUCCAUGCCGUACGUCCAGCAGCCCCACCACAUUAAAGAGGAAGAGGAGGAUCCACAGCCCCCUUGCCUUAAAGAAGAAGAGGCAGAAUGUUGGACCACUCGGGAGGGAGAGUGUCUCCUCGGGCAGGAGGAGGCUGAUCUCAGCAAGUUUCCACUGAAUGCUGUCUCUGUGAAGACUGAAGAGCAUGAAGACAAACCACCUGAGUCCUCACAGCUUCAUCAUAGUCCAACAGUAGUCCGACAUCUUCCCUCUGAGCCGCAGGGGUGGGGCUCCAGGGUGGAAGAAGAGCAGCCGCAGCCCCCCCGUAUUAAAGGUGAAGAUGAGGACCGCAGCAUCAGUCAGGAUGCGGAUCGCUUUGAAGGACUGGAGGAGUUCCCAGUGAUUGUUGUCAUUGUGAAGAGUGAAGGUAAUGAGGUCAAAGGUGAAAGUGAGGAGAAGAGAGAGGCGGAGCUUACGAGCAGCAGCUCAACACAACACACGACAAAAGUAGCUGGAGGAUCACAAGCAGACAAGCUCUUAGCUCCACUAUCAGAGAGUGACGACUCGUCACACUUUACUGACACUGAUGAUGAAGACUCUAAAGAUAAGACAUGUCACAUUGACAAAAGACACUUUAAAUGUUCUCACUGUGACAACACUUUUGUCACAGAGACAAAUCUAAAUAAACACAUGCGAUAUCACGCGGAGAAAACACUCGAGUGUUCAGUUUGCUCGAAAAGAUUCCUCUGGAAGUCACAUUUGAUGGCACACGCGAGAAUACACUCAGGAGAGAAACCCUUCUCCUGUUCAGUCUGCGGUAAAGGUUUUGUAGCGAGUCACUGUUUGCAGACACACAUGAGAACGCACACCGGGGACAAACCCUUCAUGUGCUCAGUUUGCGGUAAAACGUUCUCUCAGACCGCACAUUUGAACGUGCACUUGAGAAAACACACCAUGGAGAAGCCGUUCCCUUGUUCGAUCUGCGGUAAAGGUUUUGUACGGAGGGAAUAUUUAAAGAUACACAUGAGGAUACACACCGGAGAAAAACCUUUCACCUGUUCAGUCUGCGGCAUGGACUUUAUACGGGACUCGUACUUGAAAAAACACAUGACAAGCCACACGGGAGAGAAACCGUUCUUGUGCUCGGUGUGUGGCAAGCGAUUCUCUGACAAAGUGCGCUUGACGGCACAUGCAAAAAUACACACCGUGGAAAAACCCUUUUCCUGUUCAAUAUGCGGUAUAGGUUUUGUGCAAAAUCAAUAUUUGAAAGUACACAUGAGACUACACACUGGGGACAAACCUUACACCUGCUCGGUCUGCGGGGUGAGUUACACACGGAGUCAAUAUUUGAAGAGACACAUGAGGAAACACACAGGAGAGAAAGUGUACCGCUGCAGUGUGUGUGACGAAAGGUUCUUUUAUCAGUACCAGCUCAACAAACACACAUGUGCCGGUGAGAAAACAACAGCAGCAGCAAAUGAAGCUGCAGGAUUUUAACAACUUUUGAGACUUCAAAACAGUCGACUUUAACGUCACCACCUGUGUCACAUGGCUGUGUGCGUAGCACAAGCUUGUCGAUAUGCAUCUACCACUUCAUUCCAAUAAAAGAAACAGACAACGGUUA